AUGACCGACUGGAUGAUGCCUAUCCACCCUCAAUUCCGCAUCUUCAUGUCAAACCUCGAGCGUCAGAUGUCCGACGAGCAGAAAAGUAUCUGGGUUCCCAAGGCCGAGAGAUUCGAGAUCUUGGGUUGCUACUACCAGACUAAACUAGGACAUGGGUCGAAUGUGAGAGGAAUCGAAACCACCGCGAUACUCGACGAAGACAGCGACGAGGUUAUCCUCAACUCUCCAACGUUGAGCAGCACUAAAUACUGGCUUGGAGCUGCCGGGGUGUGCGCUACGCAUGGUAUCGUAGUUGCACGACUUUUCAUUCGAGGACAUGGCUAUGGGACGCAUUUAUUCUUGACACAAUUGAGAGAUCUGGACACGCACCAGCUUUGUACCGGUGUUGAGAUCUACGAACUUGGUCCUAAGGUCUUCCAGGGCAUGCUAGCGAGAAACGCACAAGUCUUGCGAGAUGGGACAUACGUUAAGCCAAAGAAUACUAAGCAUUCUUACGGCUUGAUGGUAUCCGUUCGAGCUCUAAUGGCCGAGAUCACCGCAUGGGAUCUUCUCAAAGCCGUGGUAGUCGCAUAUCAUUAUACUAAGUUUCGGCAACAGUUCAAGAAGGACAGUACCGACAAGAACGAAGUAGCCGUCUUCGACAAUACUAGCGUUAGAUAUCGAGUUCUACAUCUUCUAGCUACAGCAACCGCCGUAAUCGUGGUGGGACAUUCCAUCAAGAAAGCAGAUGACGAGUACACGGCCACUAUGCUCCAGACUGGCAGCACCAGCGAGCUGGAGGACUUGCAUCUGCAGACCGUGUCGGCAAAGACCUAUUCGACCGAAGUUGCAAGCCGUGGCGUCGAAACAUGCAGAAUCGCUUGUGGUGGCCAUGGAUACAGUGGGUUUGGACGAAUGUAUGCACACGGUGAAUGCAGUGACCUACGAAGGCGACAAUUAUGUCAUUAG